GUCCAUCCGUUAUAAUGCAAUACAAUAAGCACAUGGGCGGUGUCGAUAAGGCCAAUUCAUUACUUGGUCUGUAUCGCAGUCCAAGCAGAUCGAAAACAUGGUACUUCCCAAUUUUCACAUGGGUUCUUGAUAUGUCAGUGAUUAACGCCUGGCUUUUGUAUAGAAAGGACUGCAACACAGCACGUGUAACGUCAAAACCGUUAAAGGAGUUCCGUAUGGAAUUAGCCAAAUCGUUGGCCAACGCAGGAAAAAGUUCUCGUGGCAGACCAUCCAUUUCCUUGACUAAUAAAAUCCCUGCGAAAGUAAUAUCAAACCCUAUACUGCCGAGACCUGAUAUCAUCACCCAAAAAGAUGGCAUAGGUCAUUGGCCAACUUAUGAUACAAAAGUAAAUGACUGCAAGGAAAGAUAGAAACAUAUCCGGGGAAGUUUUACAAAAUAUUUACAUAAAAAAGUUCCGUCGGGAUCCUCGGAAAAACCAGUCAAACCCUACUAUCUAGCAGAAAAUUUACAUUUUUUACAACCAUUCACAAAAUCAAGAAAAUCAUUGGAGAAUACUAAAAAGAUUUAAGAAGAAAGUAUAGCAAAUGAAAUUGAUUCGAGCAAGUCGGACAGUGAAUUAGAGGCGCCUUUAAGUGACACCAAUGAAUAUGAGGAAAAAC